UUUAAUUAUGGUUCGCCUGACGCCGAUGCAUCUUCUAUCACAGCCUAGAGGAGAGAGCCCGUGUACCGUUAGCACUGGUCUAGUGUACCGUUAGCACUGGUCUGGUGUACCGUUAGCACUGGUCCGGUGUACCGUUAGCACUGACCUGAGGUACCGCUUUCCUUCAGGUCUAAUAGAUCAAAGGAAAUCAUGGAGACUACUGCAGGGAAGUGUGGGUACAGCAACCACAAGGUGGACACCUCAUUUGUUGACGUAAAUCUGGGAAUAUAAGAACUGCCCCCCCCCCCCAUUAUACACGCUUUAUCUCCAUCUCCACCAUUUUGGUUGUCGGUGAUGGAGCACAUCCGGACGCCUAAGCCUAUUUUGUCCUUCGUCUUUGUGGCUUCAUCGCUGCGCCCGUUCGGCCAGCGUUCGAUGCCACGCUAGGUCCUCUGUCCCCCUGGACCUCCGUCCCCCUGGUCCUCCGUCCAUCUCGUCAUGGAGGCACCAUUUGGGUGGAGAAUGUGCGUCUCCUGGACCGAUCGUCAGGACCGAGAAAGGCCAGCAUCGGGACUCUGUACCUUUCAGCCACACACACCAUCUUUGUAGAAAACGACCCUGAGACACGCAAGGAGACAUGGGUGUUGCACAGUAUGCUGAGCAGUGUGGAGAGGCCACCCACCAUUCCCACAGGAAGUCAGCUGAUUCUGCAUUGUAAGGACUUCCGUGUCUUCCAGAUCCUCAUUCCGCAGGAGAGAGACUGUUUGGAUGUCCACACGUCAUUGCUAAGAUUAUCGCGGCCAGAGAAGUACAGUGAGCUGUACUGCCUGUCCUUUAAUCCCAAUGUGAACAAAGUGGAAAGAGAAGAGUCUUGGAACUUCGUCGACGUAACAGCUGACUUCAAGAGGAUGGGAGUUCCAAAUAACUUGUGGGUUGCUACAGCGGCCAACAGCGAAUAUAGGGUCUGUGAUACAUACCCAUCACAACUCUUUGUUCCAAAGUCAGCCACCACUGCCUUAAUCGUGGGGAGCUCAAGGUUCAGGAGUCGAGGGCGAUUCCCUGCUCUGUCCUAUUUCCACCAGGACACAUUGGCAGCCGUAUGUCGGUGUAGUCAGCCACUGUCCGGCUUCAGUGGACGCUCUCAGGAUGAUGAGAUGAUGCUGCAGGUUAUGAUGAAGGCCAACCCUGGCAGUGACUACAUCUAUGUGGUGGACACCAGGCCAAAGCUUAAUGCCAUGGCAAAUCGAGCAGCAGGUAAAGGCUAUGAGAACGAGGAUCACUACACCAACAUCAAGCUGCAGUUCAUCGGCAUCGAAAACAUCCACGUUAUGAGAAGUAGCCAACAGAAAAUCAUCGACGUGGGCGAGAUGAGAUCUCCAUCCAUGACUGACUUCCUGUAUGGUCUGGAGAACUCUGGUUGGCUCAAACAUAUUAAAGCUGUACUGGACGCGGGGCUCUUUAUAGCCAAGGCUGUGGCCGAUGAAGGUGUUAGCGUGUUGGUUCACUGUUCAGAUGGCUGGGACAGGACGGCCCAGGCCUGCUCUGUUGCCAGUAUCCUGUUGGACCCAUACUACCGAACCAUCAAAGGACUCAUGGUGCUGAUAGAAAGAGACUGGGUUUCCUUUGGACACAAGUUCUCCCACAGGUACGCCCACCUGGAUGGAGAUCCCAAAGAGGUGUCUCCUGUCAUCGAUCAGUUUCUGGAGUGUGUGUGGCAGCUAUCUGAGCAGUUCCCGUGCGCCUUUGAGUUCAACGAGUACUUCCUCAUCGCCAUACACACACACAUCUACUCCUGUCAGUAUGGGAGCUUCCUGGGCAACAGCCAGAAGGAACGUAGGGACAUGAGGCUCCAUGAGCGGAGUCAUUCUUUGUGGCCUGAGCUGUGGAAGGACAGAGCAGAGUACACCAACCCUCUGUACAAGGACGAGUUGAGCCAGAGUCAGGGUGUCCUGAGGCCAAACACCACACCCUACUGCUUCAAAAUGUGGAAAGGUCUUUAUAACCAUGUGGAGAAAUCAAUGCCUCCUUGCCAGUCACCCGCACACAUCCAGUCUGCUGUAAAGGGGGAGUCCCAGCACCUGAAGGAGGGGCUAACCAAUCACCAGGCGGUCCUGCCAGGACGAACCGCCCACCACAACCCCCUGAGCUCCAAACAAGACAGGGAAGCCGAUGUCAUGGGAGGAAAGGAAUGUCCCGAGCAGGAGGACUAGCUAACCUGCAGGAGACACAUGCGGGCCGGACCCGCUUACCACAGACUCAAUCAAUAGUCCCGCACUGGAAAAAGUACCACUCAUUUCUCUGAACCAGUCAACCACAGAACUUCGUCCAACAACACUAAUCGUCUAGAACCACACACCCAGCCUAUAACAAAUCACCCCGAUGACUUCUUCACCUGCAGCCACCCGGAAUCGGGCGUGGCCGAUUGUCCAGCGGUGGGGAAGACUGCAAGGACCCGUCUUGGAUAAGGCUGUCUUUACCACUGCCUCACCAGAAAAUAGUUAACCCUGCCGCAUGGCUGGAAUGUGAUAGUAUCCCCCUCUGACACACAGAGGGGCACAAUGUGAUGAGUCAAAAGUGGCCCUGCAGUAAAAGGCUGAUUUUCAGGCUGUAGUUUGUCACAUUCCAUUUCCAUCUAAAGGAGGUCCUACUGACCGUUGUUCAGUUCAUCCCCUUGACAAAGGCUGUUGCAGACCUUUCAUGUGAUUUGUCUUUAAUUGUGUUUAGUUGCAGAUAGCUGAGAUAGUUGUUAGGGUUUUUCAGGUGGCUGAAUCUUUUAACGAGAUCCACUAUUACUUUUAGAUGGAUAAAUGAUGUAUGUAACCAGCCUGAAAUAAAGUAGGGGGAAGGUAGAGAACCACUUCUUUUACUAGAAAAACUCCUUGGCUUGCGUUAGCAUUUGUCCCAAAGAUGUCCCCUCUUUAAGAAUUAACUACACGAUGGAAAUUUUAAGAAAUAUUUGUUUACUCCCAGGCUUCAUUCCACUUCAGUGUAAAAUAACAUGUGUUAUUAUACUAGUCUUGAAGGUAUUUAUUGGUUAAAUAUUGUCUUAUCUGUUAAUGUUGAGGAAAGUAGAUGAAUGUGUGCUUGUGGGUUUGAGGGGUCUCCAUCCUCCCAGUUGAACCUAGAAUACAACUCCAACCACUCAGUUUCUUCUCUAACACCAAUCUGG